AUGGCGUUGUCGCCGUUGCAGCUCCGCCGGUCGUGCAGCCUGCUUGCCGGCGUGUUGCUCAUGCUCGGGGUGGGCUCGACCUACGCGCUAUCAGCGUGGAAUGCACAGCUGAAGACGCUUCUGCACUUCACACAAGCUGGGAUCUCCACGGUCUCCGCUAUGACCAUGCUGGGCACGUACAUGUCGUACAUUCCUGGCGUCAUCUUCGACCGACUGGGGCCGUACACGAGCGUUCUUUUAAGUGGGAGCGCCAUGCUGGUUGUCCAUCUCGCUAUGUUUACUGCGCUGCAAUUCGCACCGGAAUGCGUUAGUCCACUGGGUAUCGGCUGUGCCAUGAUGUUGUUCGGACUCCUCAGCUCCUUUUGCGUCUUCUCGUCUAUCGUUCCCAAUGAAUCUUUGUUCGGAGAUGCCAAUCGUGGCAAGGUCAUAGCAACGCUUACGUCGUCAUACAGCUGUGGCGGUGCCUUCUUUGCGUUCGUCUUCCAUGAGGGGUUCCACAGCACCGACGUACCGGGCUACUUCCUAUUUGUCGGAAACUACCUACUAGCUGCUUGCGUGUUUGGUUGGAGAUCUGGAAGCAUUGAGGUUGGUCUUGGGGCCACUAGCAUGGAAUCGAGUGGAGACGUGAAUGGGUCUGCAGACAGCCAGACACCUGACGACAUCACGGGCGUGACGUUGCUAACAGAUAUGCGGUUCUGGAUGCUCUUCAUUCCAGUGAUGAUCGUCAUCGGCGCCGGCUUGCUCGUCAUGUCCAACGUGUCGUUCAUCGUGGAAGCUUUGGGUGGUCCUCUACAUCAAGUCCCCUUCAUGGUGGCACUGUUCUCCAUCGUGAAUACACUCGGUCGCCUUGUAACGGGAGCAGUCUCGGAUCAUCUGUUGGCGAAGUAUCCACGUGCAUAUUUUGCUGCACUCUCGGUGGUUCUCACGGCUGUCACGCAGGUGGUUUUCCUGUCCGUGUCACCGACGUGGCUCGUACUGCCUGUGGCAAUGGCUGGGUUCUCAGAGGGCGUCAUGUUCGGCACCUUUCCGGUAGUCGUUCGCGAGGAGUUUGGUUUGCAGCACUUUGGCAAAAACUUUGGCCUCAUUAGUAUCGCUAAUUGUGUCGGGUACCCGCUCUUCUUCAGCCCGCUGGCGUCGUACGUAUACCAGCACUCGACAGCAACACGUACUGUUGAUGGUGUCGAGAAGUGUUUCGGUACACAAUGUUUUGCACCCGUUUUCGUCGUGGCCAUCGCACUGUCCGUGGUGGCAUUCGUUUGCUGUGUGCAACUCGCUCGAUUGCAGCGACGCCGCAAGUUUUUUAGCUACCAACAGAUUCGGCCGUAG